AUGUUCACUCUCGCCUCCCGUCGCUUGAUGCGGGUGUCCGCCGUGGUGCCGCGCCUCUUCAGCACUACAGCGUGUCUCGUGGCUUCCUCCGCCACCACCAUCGGCAUCCGCAACAGCGACUGCGGUAGUCAGAUCAGCCCGCUGUCCUCGGGCGUCUCCACACGCAGCUUUUCCACGUCGUCGCUGUGCUUUGCAGCUGCGUUUCAACUGAACGGUGUCCGCCUGCAGCGCAAUACUUUCAAGACGCGCGCGCGUCACACCGGACACCACCAGCCCGAGCGACAGCUGCGUCUGCACGGCACCGUCACCGCUUUCAAGCACCGCCGCGGCUACGGCUUCGUGCUGGCCGAGGGCAUCGUGCCGAGCUCGCACAAACCCGUGUACACCUCUCUGGACGCGCUGAACCAGAAGGCGACAACAGGGAGCGGCGACAGCACCGCUGCGGCGGGGUCUGCAACCACUAACAAUGAAAGCACCGCAGAGGAAGGGACGGCCGCUGCGUCGCAGGACGAAAUGCUGCCCAACGCGUACUUCUUCACCCGUAGCAGCCUCGACGGCGGCUUCUACGUGACUGAGGGGGAGCGGGUGUCCUUUGCGGUCGAACCACGGCAGCCGGACCUGGGAACGAAGCGCUACCUCGGCGCACCGGCCUACAACUCCGCUGCCGGCCGCGCUGGCCCGGCUGCCGCAGCCCUCGCAGAAGAGUUUUCGCUGCAUCUGGCAGAGGCUGGCGCCACGUCGGCCGCGGACGCGAGCGCUGCCGCACCGCACUUGCUUCUUGCUGUCGCGAUGCGACAGUACGAUGACCGCUCACAGACGGAGUCGCCCAUCACCCCCAUCACCCUCUACGGACGAGUCAUGGAGUGGGACGACGUGGCAGGCCGGGGAGUCAUUGCGGAGUUGGACAUGUCGCAGCAGUACCACGCCGACGCCCCGCGCUUCGCCGUGUCGAUCGAGAACGUCGACCUGGGCCGCGCCAUGAGCCUGCACGCUGGGCGCUAUGUGCGCUUCUGCUUAGGUCCGGCGUCGACGAGUAACAAAAGUGGCGGGCCGGAUGCGGCGGAAGACGGCGGGGAGGCAGCCGGAGCCGCCGCCCCCACCACCGCCGACGCAGCCGCUGCCGCCACGACGACGGCCGGUGGCGGCGGUGACCAGCUGGUUGCCCAGCGCGUCAUUAUUGAUAUGGCGCUGGAGCGCCGCCGCGGUGCGUUUGGCCGCCCCCUCGUCCCAGCCUCGGCGGAGCCCGGCACCGUGACGGACCAAACCCGCUUCAGCGGUAUUGUGCGGGACAUCCGUGAGAAGAAGUUCGGCUUCAUCAUCGACGAUCUCAGUGGGGAGUCUAUUUUCUUCCACGCGGUCAACGCCCGGGCGAACGUGAAGGAGGGGGAUCGGGUGACCUACCUGCUGCGAGAGGUAACGCGUGGCAAGCACGUGGGCAAGAAGGCGUGCUUUGACGUGACGCGUGCGGCGCGUGCGGGUGACCGGUGUCGGCGCGAGCGCUCCGCGGCUGACCCGGUGGCUGCAAUGGAGGACGAGGAGGAGGACGGCGAGGAGGCCGAUCUGCUGGAGGUAGAGGAGGAGGAGACGGCGACGGAGGGGGAGCCUGCCUCGAACACGGCGAGCAGGACAACAAAGAAGAAGAAGGCGCCCGCGACGACGCGCAGAGUCGACGAACUCGAUUUCAAUCUCCUGUAG